AAGACGCCGGCUCUAUUCCCGACGGUACAGCGUCACUCCCAUGGCAGAGUCCAGGGCCGGUGCAGGACGAUUGCCAUUGCUGCUGGCUCCCGUUUCCAACAGUCUCUGCGCCUCUGGUGGACGGAUCCGCCACCGCGCUUUCAGUUGGUAGCGUGUGCGCAUUCAAGUGCUCUUCGUGACGGAAGGAUGGGGGUGAGUGACUAGGAUCGGUGCGUGUGAUCGAGGGCAAAUUCGAACAACAUUGAGCUCUUGCGCGGCUCUGAUGGGAGGAUGAUGGACAGGGAGAGUCUGUGUGAGAGAGUGAGGGAGUGGGGUUGUUGUUAUUGAACGCUAACCAGAGAGAGUUUGGUUCGCCAUCAGUUUUCGUACUCUGCUGCGUUGAAACGCCUCGAUUAGUGUGAGGCGACAAUGGCUUCUGGUGAAGGUGCAGAGACCGGGAGUACGCAUAAGCCCCGACGUACUUCGCGGGCGUCUGCAGUUGGAGGGGUUACAGAAUCAUUCGACAGUGAGGUGGUACCGUCUUCGUUGGCGGCCAUCGCUCCAAUCUUGCGAGUUGCCAAUGAGAUCGAGUCUUCCACUCCCAGGGUUGCAUAUCUAUGUCGUUACCACGCUUUUGAAAAAGCACACCGAAUUGAUCCGAAAUCAAGUGGUCGUGGGGUUCGACAAUUUAAAACGGCUCUGCUACAGAGGCUUGAGAGGGAUAAUGAGCCAACUCUUGCCCUAAGGCAUCGACGGAGUGAUGCUAGAGAAAUUCAAAGCUACUAUCAACAGUAUUACAAUGAUUAUGUGAAGGCUCUUGAUGGAGCUGAGCACUCAGAUAGGGCGCAGUUAGCAAAAGCGUAUCAAACCGCAUCCGUGCUUUUUGAGGUUUUGAAGGCUGUGAAUCGAGAUAAGACUGAAGAACCACCACCUGAGAUCAUUGCUGCCGCUGCAGAUGUUGAGCAGAAAAAGGAGAUUUAUGUCUCCUACAAUGUUCUUCCUCUUGAUGCUGCUGGUGCCUCCCAGGCUAUUAUGCAACUUGACGAGGUAAGGGCUGCAGUUGAAUCGCUACGAAAUGUGCGUGGAUUGCCGUGGCAAACUGAGAAAGAAUCGCACCCGAGAGCAGGAGACCUUGAUUGCCUUGACUGGCUUCAGGACAUGUUUGGAUUUCAGAAAGACAAUGUGGCAAACCAGCGGGAACAUUUAAUUCUAAUGCUCGCAAACGUGCAUAAUCGGUUGCUUCCACGCCCCGAACCAAUGCACAAGCUUGAUGACCGAGCUCUGAAUGCAGUCAUGAACAAACUGUUCAAAAAUUACAAGAGUUGGUGCAAAUUUCUUGGUCGCAAGCAUAAACUCUGGUUACCGCGUAUACAUCAAGAAGAACGACAACGGAAAAUCUUAUACAUGGGUCUGUAUCUUCUUAUAUGGGGAGAAGCUGCCAAUCUUCGAUUCAUGCCGGAAUGCCUCUGUUACAUUUACCACCAUAUGGCCUCUGAGCUGCAUGGGAUGCUUGCCGGUAACGUGAGUAUGGUGACUGGGGACAAUAUGAAGCCAGCCUAUGGUGGGAAGGCAGAAUCUUUUCUGACGUUGGUCGUCACCCCUAUCUAUGACGUCAUCUCCAGGGAGACCUUGAAGAACAAGAAUGGGACUGCACCCCAUUCGGCUUGGCGAAACUACGACGACCUGAAUGAAUACUUCUGGAAAGUGGACUGCUUUUGUUUGGGAUGGCCAAUGAGAACUGAUGCCGAUUUCUUUGUUCCUACUCAACGUUCUUCACAAAGGUCAGAGGAUAGUAACGGGAAGUUCUUUCAAUCAACAAGCAAGUCUUUUUUUGUUGAGAUAAGGACGUUUUGGCACCUUUUCCGAAGCUUCGAUCGCUUGUGGGCCUUCUAUAUCCUCGGCCUUCAGGCCAUGAUAGUCCUUGCUUGGAAUGUUGGACCCAACCUUCAAUAUGCUUUCAAUGGGACAGUGAUCAAGCAGGUUCUGAGCAUUUUCAUAACUGCUUCCAUUCUACGACUUAUUCAAGCAUUUUUGGACCUUUUUAUGGGCUACCAUGCUUUUAGCAGUAUAAAGCUCCUUGGUGUACUUCGACUUAUCUUGAAACUUCUCGUUUCAGCAGCUUGGGUCAUUGUCUUGACUGUCUGUUACGUUCGUACUUGGAAAAACCCUCAGGGGUUAGUAGGUGUAAUUCAGAAGUGGUUUGGGAGUGGUUGGGAAAGUUCCUACCUGUAUAUUGCAGCGGUCGUGGUGUACCUGGUGCCGAACAUAAUAGGUGCUUGUUUCUUUAUGUUUCCUAUGAUUCGUCGGUGGAUAGAGAGUUCCAACUGGCCUAUUGUGCGUGUCUUACUAUGGUGGUCACAGCCGCGUCUGUAUAUUGGACGAGGAAUGCAUGAAAGCCAGUUUGCUCUAAUUGGAUACACUUUCUUUUGGGUCCUAUUGAUCGCUAGCAAGUUUGCGUUCAGUUAUUUUAUCCAGAUCGAGCCUCUUGUAGCUCCUACUAAAGCAAUCAUGCAGCAGACCAAUGUAUCGUACACGUGGCAUGAGUUUUUCCCAAAAGCCCGUAAUAAUCCUGGAGCACUCCUUUCUCUUUGGGCUCCUGUUAUAUUGGUAUAUUUCAUGGAUUCUCAAAUUUGGUAUGCUGUUUAUUCAACUAUUUUUGGUGGGAUUUCGGGUUCUUUUCGCCGACUCGGUGAGAUACGGACUCUAGGUAUGCUGCGGUCUCGUUUCAGUUCAUUGCCCGGAGCCUUCAAUGAAAGCCUUGUUCCUGAUGAGGAUAAUCGGGCUCGCAAGGGGUUCUCCUUUUCUCGAGAUUUUGAAAAGGUUGCCCCACCAACCAACAGAUCGAAAGCUGCUAGAUUUUCUCAGCUAUGGAAUGAAGUUAUCACUAGUUUUCGAGAAGAAGACCUUAUAAGUAACAGGGAAAGAGACUUGAUGCUGGUUCCCUACUCGUCAGAUCCUGAUCUCAAAUUGGUCCAAUGGCCUCCGUUUUUACUUGCUAGCAAGGUUCCAAUCGCUUUACAAAUGGCUAAGCAGGCAGCCGAGACUGGCAGAGCUGCUGACCUUUUAAGAAAGAUCAAGAAUGAUGAGUACAUGAAAUGUGCUGUUGUUGAAUGCUAUGAAUCCUUUAAGCGGGUGUUAAAAAGGCUUAUUGUUGGAGAAGUUGAGAUUAGGGUGAUUGAAGGUUUAUUGGCCGUGGUGGAUGAGAAUGUGGAGAAAGAGACACUUCUUGAUAACUUCAAUCUGGGGGAUUUACCAUUGUUGAGUGUGAAGUUUAUCGAGCUUCUUGAGUUACUUGAGAAGGACUACGCAGGUCAAGAAGCAAUUGACAAUGCACGUGAUCUUGUCGUUCUCAAACUUCAGGAUAUGUAUGAAGUCGUCACUCGCGACAUGAUGAGUGAGACGAUGAGAGAGAGCUGGGAUACAAGUCAUGGAGCUUUGGCUGGUGGCCAGGGAAGAAAGUCGGAACUCUUUUCGUCGAAGGGUGAUGAACCUGCUAAAGUGUUGUUUCCUCCUCCUCGAAAGGAGGCUUGGAUUGAGCAGAUCAAGCGGCUCCACCUUCUUUUGACUGAAAGAGAAUCUGCGAUGGAUGUGCCCGAAAACCUGGAAGCCCGACGACGAAUUGCCUUUUUUACCAACUCUUUAUUUAUGAACAUGCCCAGAGCGCCCAAGGUUAGAAACAUGUUGUCUUUCAGUGUUCUAACUCCCUAUUAUAAGGAAGAUGUGGUGUACUCGAAGGAGAACUUAAUGAAGGAGAAUGAAGAUGGGAUAUCUGUUCUGUUCUAUCUACAGAAGAUUUAUCCAGAUGAAUGGAAUAACUUUCUUCAGCGCCUUGGUCUUGAGAACUCUGAUGACCCUGAGGCUCAAAUUUUUAGUAGCAACGAUUUGGAAGACAAACUACGAGAGUGGGCCUCUUUCCGUGGACAGACUCUUUCACGUACAGUGCGUGGUAUGAUGUAUUACAGAAGAGCUUUGGAGCUGCAGGCUUUCUUGGAUAUGGCAACUGAUGAUGAGCUGGAGGAUGGGUACAAAAUCCUUACAGAUGCCACUCCUGAACAAAAGAAAAGUCAGCGCUCCACAUGGUCACAAUUGCAAGCUAUAGCCGAUAUGAAGUUCACCUAUGUUGCUGCAUGUCAAAUGUAUGGUGAUCAAAAGCGUCAAGGUCACCAUAGUGCCACCGAAAUAUUGAAACUCAUGCUCAACAAUCCAUCGCUUCGGGUCGCAUAUAUUGACGAGGUGGAAGAACGGCAGAAUGAGAAAACUAGCAAGGUGUAUUACUCCGUUUUGGUUAAGGCUGUGAAUGGAUUGGAUCAAGAGAUUUAUCGGAUCAAGUUGCCUGGUACAGUAAGACUUGGAGAAGGAAAGCCUGAGAACCAGAACCAUGCAGUUAUUUUUACUCGCGGUGAAGGCUUACAAACAAUUGAUAUGAAUCAGGAUAAUUAUCUUGAAGAAGCGUUUAAAAUGCGGAAUCUCCUGCAGGAGUUUCAUGAACCUCAUGGUGUCCGACCACCUACGAUUCUAGGUGUUCGUGAGCACAUCUUUACUGGCAGUGUGUCUUCUCUUGCAUGGUUCAUGUCAAAUCAAGAAACAAGUUUUGUUACUAUAGGUCAACGAGUUCUCGCUAGCCCACUCAAGGUGCGAUUCCAUUAUGGGCACCCUGAUGUGUUUGAUAGGCUUUUUCACAUAACGAGGGGAGGGAUGAGCAAGGCAUCCCGUGUGAUCAACUUGAGUGAAGACAUUUUCGCAGGUUUUAAUUCCAUCUUACGUCGUGGUAAUGUAACCCAUCAUGAGUACAUCCAAGUUGGCAAAGGGCGAGAUGUAGGCUUGAACCAGAUUUCAUUGUUUGAGGCCAAAAUUGCUUGUGGGAAUGGCGAGCAAGCUCUCAGUAGAGAUAUCUAUCGCUUGGGGCAUCGAUUCGAUUUCUUCCGUAUGCUGUCAUGCUAUUUUACUACUGUUGGUUACUACUUCAGUACCAUGAUUGUAGUACUUACAGUGUACAUCUUCCUGUACGGCCGAAUCUAUCUCGCUCUGAGCGGAGUGGACGACUCUCUUGUUCAUACUGCAAAUAAUAAAGCCCUCACUGCAGCGUUGGCUUCGCAAUCCCUUGUCCAGCUUGGGCUGCUUAUGGCUUUGCCAAUGGUGAUGGAGAUAGGUCUGGAAAGGGGAUUUCGCACUGCAUUGAGCGAUUUUCUCACCAUGCAACUCCAGCUUGCAUCCGUAUUCUUUACAUUUUCUUUGGGAACAAAAACUCAUUACUUUGGUCGCACAAUUCUGCAUGGUGGUGCAAAGUACCGCGCUACUGGGCGAGGAUUUGUCGUAAGACAUGAGCGGUUUGCUGACAACUACCGACUAUAUUCUCGAUCGCAUUUUACGAAAGCAAUCGAGCUUUUCCUGCUACUCAUUGUGUACACGUUAUAUGUUACCAAAUCUGCGAAAGGGGCUGUAACUUAUAUAUUGAUCACGGUUUCUAUGUGGUUUUUAGUCGCAAGUUGGCUGUUCGCGCCAUUUCUGUUCAAUCCAUCAGGAUUCGAGUGGCAGAAGAUUGUGGAGGAUUGGGAUGAUUGGAACAAAUGGAUGAGUAACAGAGGUGGUAUUGGAGUGGAAGGCAGCAAGAGUUGGGAGUCUUGGUGGGAUGAGGAACAAGAACACCUGAAUUAUACUGGGUUUUUUGGCCGUUUGGUUGAGAGCAUACUAUCCUUCCGGUUCUUUUUAUAUCAAUAUGGGAUCGUCUACCAUCUGAACAUAGCCCGGUCUUCAAACAACCUAAGCAUAAGUGUGUAUGGCCUCUCAUGGCUUGUCAUUGUGGCGGUUCUAGCCAUACUUAAGAUCGUCUCAAUGGGAAGAGAUAAGUUUAGUGCAGACUUCCAGCUUAUGUUUCGACUUCUGAAGGCUUUGGUCUUCAUUGGAUCUGUAUCAGUCAUUGCCAUUCUACACGUGAAAAAUCUCACUGUUGGUGACCUUUUCGCCAGCAUUUUAGCAUUCAUACCCACUGGUUGGGCUCUGAUACAGAUUGCGGUAGCAUGCAAGCCAGUGGUGAUCAAUUUAGGGUUCUGGAAGUCGGUGAAGUCGCUUGCUCGCGGCUACGAGUACAUGAUGGGGAUCUUGUUGUUCACACCCAUUGCUGUUCUUUCAUGGUUUCCAUUUGUGUCGGAAUUCCAGACACGGCUACUUUUCAAUCAAGCUUUCAGUCGAGGACUUCAAAUUUCGAGAAUUCUAGCUGGCAGGAAGAAGCUGUAACUCUGAACUUUUUUGUGACUUAAUAUGUAGCGAACUACAGUUAAGUUACUGAGAGGAGACCAGAUUGUCUCGAUUGAAGUAAUGCUCAGAUACUUGGGAUCGAGUUACUCGUACUUGUAUAAAUUACUUAGGCUAUACGCGAGGGUAAAUUUGUUCAACAGGAUGCAAAUACUUUGAGCACAUUCCAAUUUUGCGAGAAUGUGUUCUGAUACUUCCUCGUUUGAGGUGGGAUAAUUUGAUCUCAAUUUUGUAUGAAAUUCGUACCUAGGUAUGCCAUUGAGAUUUUCGUUC